AUGCAUACAAAAACAACCUUUUUUAAUGGUAUUGAAUCAAAAUUCUCAAUAUUACUGAAAGUGGACUACUUGCAUGUCACUUUUUGUUCUUACGAUAUAUAUAUAUAUUAUUAAUUGUGGUAAUUUUUUAGGGCUAAGAAAUAAAAAGUUAAUGAAAUAGCUGUUGUUUCUAAAAAGAUUACAACUUUUAUCAUUAGAAUGUAUAUGUAUGAUUUGUAAGUGGAAAGAUGCAAUUAUGCUUUAUAUCAAGAUAAUCCAAGGUAAGAAGUGUAAUAAAUAUAAAUUAGAUUCCCUUCAAUAACAGAAGAUAUAAAAGGAGCAUGUUUAGUUCGUAAAAGACGCAGUCAUGAAGAAGAAAAUUUGCAUUUAGAAUAGGUAUCUUUUAAUUAUAAUUAAUAUUAGAAAUUAUUAUCAAAAAUUUAUAUAGUUGAUCAGGAUGAAAUUUUUGAGAAAUUUUGUUUAUAAGGUUCUUUAGAAGAUAAUUUAAACUUAUUGAUGGAAUGUUCAAAUGGUCUUGCAUUUUCUUCUUAACCAAAAGUUUCAUUUAAUUAUAUUUCAAAAUAAUUUAUUGUAAAUGAUGCUAUAUGGUUUAAUCCAAAAACAUUUUAAUCUUGUGCUGGUUGGAUUAUAAAUGAAUUUGAGAAAUCAAUUGCAUUAUUGUAUAAAAUAAUUUGUAUUAAUAUAAUAGAUAUUAUGAAUAUCAAUAAGGAUGUAUAGAGGAAAACAAUUAAAAUAAGAAUGAUGAUCUUAAAAGAUUUUGGAUUUAAGAUUUUGAGUUAAGAACUAAGAUUUUGAAUUAAAUUCCUUAAAUAUGUAAAGAAUUUAAGAAUGCACCUAAAAAAAAGAAUUGUAAAUAAGAAGAUAUUUUAUGGACUCAACUUAUUUUAAAGUAAUCUUCAUAAUAAAAUGAUAAAUAAAAAAAUAAUCAAGAUUAAAAUAUUUAAAUGAUGUUAUUAUCAAUAAAUGAAAAGGAUGUUUCUAAAAUAUUUAUUAAUAAUGAAUUAGAUAUUAUGAAUUAUAUGCCUCUUGAGUAAGUGUUAACAAUUUAGAAAUUAUGUUAGAAAAGAAUAUUGAGACUUAUAAAAGAUCAUUAUAAAGAGAAAUUAUUAAAAGAAUUAUAAGAUAUUGAGGGUAAGGAAAAGAAAAAAAUAAUAGAGUAAAAAAAAAAAUCUAAAAAACAUAAAAAGUAAAAAAAUAAGAAUGAAUAAAAAAAAUUAAAUAUGAAUUAAGAGAAAUGUAAUAGUUUUGAGUUAGCUGAUAAGCAAGACACAACAUAAGAUGAUGUUCAUUGUAAUGAAUAUGAAUUGGAUAAACAUGGAAAGUAAUAUUAAAAUAUUAUCAUUUAAAGUUCAUGUUAAGAGAUCAGGACAAAUGCUAAAGUUUCUAUAAAAUCAGAGAUUACUUAAAUAAAUAUUUAAGAAUAGAAUAUAAUUGAAGAAGCCAAUCAAAUACUUGAUGCUGAAACUAUUAUAGACUUAAGUAAUAAUACUUAAAAUGAAGAUGAUGAAAAUUGGGUUGUAAUUACUGCACCUAAAAAAUAAAAAAAGAAAUCUAAUCGUAAAUUUAAUACAUCAUAAGAAAAUGAAUACAAAAAUUAAAAAUCUCUUUAGAAACCUAUUUCUCAAACAUUCAUGGAAUAAUCCGUUAAAUCAAAACCUCAUGACUAAGAACUUUUUUCGAGCUAAAAAUGCUAAAAAAGCAAUACAUAGGGUAUUGAAACUAUAAAAUAAGAUAUAUAAGUUGUAAAAAUAGAGAAAUCACAAAAAUAGGAAAAUUAAGAAAUUGAGAAUCGAACAUCACAACAUUAUUAAAAAAAUAAUCAAAUUUGUUAAUCAAAGUUUGAAGAAGCAAAAAACUCUCAUUCUCCUGUGUAGUUAUUAUAAAUUGUAGAUUUGAGUCUUUAAAUUCCUUAAGAAAGUGAAAAAUCAUUUUAAAAAAAUAUUAAUAUUAAUAAUCAAUAGGAUGUGUAAAAUACAAUUUAUAAAUAACCAAUAAAAGAAGAUUAAAUAGAUUAUAAUAUAAUGAAUUAAGCAAGAGUUUUGAUGAUUAAAAAACUUGAUAUGGAUAUGAGAGAAUUUAAUGAUAUGAUUUUAUGCUAGAAUCAAUAAAUUUUAAAAUUAAGAAAGAUAAUUUAUGACAGAUUAUAAUUUGUUAUAAAUUAUCUAUUUAGAGGUUUAAUUCAUCAUAUAUUUUAGUUAGAUUCUAAUUCUUAAGUUCGUCUUUUUGGUUCAUGUGCCACUGGUUUAGCCCUUUAAGAAAGUGAUAUAGAUAUAGGAAUAACAGGAUUUGAGAUGUGUCCAGUCUCUUAAUUAAAUAUUCCUAUUUAAAAACUAACAGAAUUUCUUUAAAAAAUGAGAUGGGUUAACAAUAUAAUGUAAUUUAAUUUAUAAUAUUAUUUAGUGCAAUAACUUCCUCAAAUAUGCCAUUAAUAAAAUUAUAAGUAGAUCCUACUAUUUCAUUUGUAUAGUCCUCUUUACCUAUAGGUUUACCUUAUAUAGAUCUCAUUAUCAAGUAAUAAAUUUAAUUAUUAAUAUAGUCCUGAUGAAGAUGUACAUAGAUAAGUAUUUAGUGUUGAUAUUAGUUUUUUUUAAUUUUCAGGUCUCAAAUAAAAUCAACAUUUAGGAUUAAUUUCAACUGAAUUAACUUUAUAAUGGUUAUCAUUUUAUUGUGAAUUAAGACCAAUUGUUUUACUAUUCAAAAGUUUAUUGAAAAAAAGAGGAUUAAAUGAUUAAUAUAAAGGAGGAAUAUCUUCGUUUUGCAUUAUUUAAAUGGUUUUAGCAUUUCUAGAAUGCUUUUAUCAUUAAAAUCAAGCUUCAUCUAUAGGAUAUACAACUUAUAAUUUUUUGAAGUUCUAUGGAACUGAAUUUGAUCCUAAAACUACUGGAAUUAGUUAUAAAGGAUUUAAUGAGAAGUAAUAAAUUAUUUUAUUUAAUUAUAGUCCAUUUUAUGAUUUAAACGAAUUUGAUGAUUAAUCUGAAAUUACAAUAGUAUCUCCUAUCACAAAUGAAAUAAUUAGUUCAGCAUCAUCAUUUGUUUUAACUAUAUUAUAAGAUUUAAAGGCAUUAUAUUAAGCAACAGAAAAUGAAGUAAUCUUUUUUUAUGAGAAAUUAAAAUACAAUAAAAAAAAGAAAGGAAAGAAAGAGGAACGAAAUUUAUUUUAAAAGGAAUUGAAUAGACUUCGACCUCUUUUUAGCACUACUGUAUAUAAUAAAACUUGA